AUUAUUAAUUUUUAAUUAACUUUUGCCCACGUGUACAUGUUUAAUAUAAUUUGUUAAGGAGAAAUGUCCGACGAUGAAUUUGAUUAUGCUGGAACUAGUUACGUUUCCAGUUUUUUAUAUUUUAAUUUCAAUUCCGAAAAUAUAAAAAAGAAAUUCGGGAUUGGAAAACAAGAAGAAAUUGAAGAUACCGAAUAUACCGGCCCUGAAGAGCAGGAACCAACUAAAGAUGAAUAUAAUGUAGCGAAAUGGUUAAGACGAAAUGUGAAAACCAAAAAAACAAAGUUUUUAAGUCAUAAUGUGGAAUAUUUUACAGCAAACAAGGCCCUAGAUGCUCUUAUGAGUUCAAAAUUUGCUGAAGGAGAUAAUCCACUUUUUCCAUCAAGGGAACAUGCAAUAAAUUUCCUUCACAUUAUGUUGGAACAUAAGUUCUUCCAUCGUGCAAAAAAAGUUCCCGUAUAUUCAGACGAAUUGAAAUCAAGUAAAAAAAAGAUUCAAUCAGGAGAUGUUUCUUCAUCAGAAUCGAAAUCGCAACACAAAGAAACAAGUUGUAAUAAAGAUGAUAAACAUGAUAAAAAUACAGAUCAUGAUAGUUAUGCUGAAGGAGUUGGCGGUGGUGGUGCUAUUUCAGGAAGCCAAGACGAGAAUGGGGAAAAACAAAAUAAAGAAAAACGUAAAAGAAAAAUAAAAUUGGACAUGCAUGCAGAUCAGCAAUUUGUUGACGGAUCUGAAGCAUACGUUUGGAUUUACGACCCCAUACCUAUUCAUUAUUGGAUAUUUGGAUUGAUAUUGGUAUUAGGAGCAAUUGUUGUUUGUCUAUUUCCUUUGUGGCCACCAAUAUUACGUAAAGGAGUCUAUUAUUUAAGUAUAGCUGCCGCUGGAUUCUUAGUUUUUAUACUUGUUUUAACUAUAAUACGUUUAAUCGUUUUUGUUAUAAUAUGGAUUUUGUCGGGUGGUAAACUAUACUUUUGGAUAUUCCCCAAUUUAACUGAGGAUGUUGGAUUUUUUGCAUCAUUUUGGCCAUUAUAUGAAACUAAAUAUCAUAGUGAUAUAGAAAAUGCAAAAGCUAAUAAGAAAACAAAAAAGAAGAAAAAAGAUAAAGAUAGUGAUGCUGAAGUUGAAGCGGAAGCUGAAGCAGAAAUUGAGGUCGAAAAUGAAGCUGAAGAUAUAACACCCUUACUAGAAGAAAAAAUCGAAGCUGUAAAAGAGCACGAUGCUGAGCAUGAUGAGGAAUUGGCACAUUUGCAGCAUUGUGAAGAAUUUAGAAGAAGUGAAGAAUUUAGAAGAACACAGUCAAGUGAAUCGUCAAAUAAACAAACAAAUAAAUCAACCGAGAAAAAAGGCUCAGCGACAGAAAGUGAAUCAGAGUCAGGUUCUAGAUCAUCAACAGGAAAAGAUUUUGAAAUGGUUGACGAAAAUGAUGUUGAUACUUCGUAAAAUAUGGUUACUAGAAAAUUAUGGAAAAAUUAUUUGGCUUCUUUUUAAAUAUAAAAAACCAGAGGAAAAACUGAAAAAAGUUAAGCUAAACUAAUUAAAAGCUAAAUUUUUAAUUCAUGAAUAUUCCCUAUUUAUAAAAUAAAACACAAUUGAUAAAACACAAAAAAAUAAUAAAGAAAAACACUACUACUUAAUAUAAAAUUAAGGAAUUUUUUAACACUAACAUCUUAGGUUAACACAAAUAAUUAUUUGUAUUUCUUAAAAAAAAUAAAACAAACCGAAUUCAUCAACUAUUCAAAUCAAAUAGAGGUAAAAUUAAAAUAGUACAAUUUUUGUUUUUCGUGGCAAAUAAAAUAAAUUAUUUUUUUUUUUUAAUUUUUUUCUUUUUAACCACAUUACCCUGUAUUUUGCAUUCGAAUUUCGGUUCUGUGGAAAAAAAUUAUAAUUCAAAGUGUGUUUUAUUUUUGUCUGAUGUGUAUUUAUUAAGAAUAAAUGUAAGGAAUAAAAAGUUAUUCCAUUUGUUCUUUGAUCACUUGUUUUCUAAGUAGCUAUAUUUCUCUUUGAAUUGUAGGCUAAAUACUUUCCUAGAUAUAUAUUUAUGUUUUAAUAUACAUACCACAUAUAACACAAAAAAAAUCAAAAAACAUAUAAAUUAACUUUAUACAAAAAGCCUUUUUAAAAUAAAUUAACUUUUUAAAAUUGAUAAAAAAAGUAAUUAUAUGAAAAACAUUAACGCUAUUUUAUAAGUAGGCAAAAAUUUUAAUUAAUACAUUGAAUCUUAUUUCCAAAAAAAAAAACGAAAAAAAAAAACACAAAAAAAGAUAAACACAAAAAAUUAUAUUUUAAUGUUUUUAUUAUUUUAUAAUUUUUAUUUAUAUUUUAAAAAAUAAAAAUGAUGAAAUAAAUAUAAUAUGGAAGAUAUAUACAUACAUAUAAAAAAUAGAUUUAUUAAAUUUUAAGCAUUUAUACAAAAACAUAUAACAAUAUAAAAAGGAUAAGAAUAAAAAUACAACUAAUGUACAUACAUAUGCACUCAAAGUUUUUUGUCACGGUUCUGAUAAUACAACACAAGGAUUGUAUAAUUUUUGAAUUUUCAAAAACUUGUCAUUCUAAAUUUAUAAAUAUGCACGUUCUUUUAAAACUGAUUUUCUACAUCACAGUAAAAAAUGGUAAAAUAAAUAUUAUCAU